GUAAUCAGAAACAGUAAGUAAACGCAACGCUUUGACAGCUAGACGUUUUUUCAAAUAAAACGACAUUCAGCAGUAUUCGAGGAAUUCGCGGUCAAUGGCAUUGUGAAGGAAAACUAAAUCCAUCGCUCUGAAUACCGCUUUUCCGGCAUUGUAAAGGUUAUCCAAGUGAGAAACGAAAGAAACCCGUUGAAAUGGAAUCAUCCUCAUCCUAUUGCCCUUUUGAUGGGCUUCCAACAGAGAUAUUAAAAAUGAUAUUCGACCGUCUUGAUUUCGUAUCGCUAAAAUCAAUCUCCGUCACGUGUCGCCGUUUCGAGCGACUCUUUACCGAGUGGUACGCGUGCCGGUUUACGCUGCGGAUCGACGAUGCAACACGCAACGCUGGGUGCGACGUAUCGUAUGACUACGUGAACGCUAUCGAGAAAAUGCAUGCGGUCGUCGAAAUUUUGGCCCACUCGCAACGCCCCUACCGCAAGGCACAUCUGGAUUUGCAGCAGACCUUGGUGACUUCUGUACAAAAGUAUGCCGUACUGUGCAAGCUGCUCGAACCGCGCUGGCUGAGCCCGCUGACCGUGCUGAAGCUUGAACUGGGUCGGGAGUCGUGGAUGUUCGCUGAAGAUAUUUCCGAUGCCGUGCCUAAGAUGGACUGUCUGCUGGAGCUGCACCUACGAUUCACCGAGCUCGAUCCGGGCACGAACGAGUGCAGCACACUGAAGCUGACCAAUGCCUCACUUCAGAGGCUGGUGCUAAAUCACGUCAUACCCUACGUGGUGGACUGUUCCAACAUGCGGAAGUUGGAUAUAGCGCACUGCACGGAUGUGGAUUCCACCAUCGGCGUGCUGGGUGUGGCACAGAAGGUGGGAAGCUCUUGGUGGAGGCUUGAACCGGUUGAAGAGCUGUGCCUUGUCGACGAUCUGAAUUCGUUUUUCCGUCCAAACGUGUCGAUGGAGUGGUUUUAUCAGCAGAUGCCGUACCUCAGGAAGCUACACUUCAACGGCUACACUCUGAGGGAAACGAUGCUGCGCUUCAUCUGCGGGUCGUGCGUUCAGCUGGAGGAAUUGAUCCUUAGCACCGUGCUGGUGGAUACCCCGAACGUACUGUGCCACUUGUCGAAGCUGCCCCGUCUGCGAAGGUUUGGCAUUUGCGAAAUCAUUGGCAGACGAGAGCCGCUGACGUUCGCCUCCGUUAGGCUGCCCAAGCUGGAGGAGCUUCUGCUAGGCAGACUGCCUCUUGACUGGCAAUCGCUUGCCUCGGUGCAACCGAUCAGCUGGCUAAAGAUCAAGCUGGGAUCGCAACAGGUAGCGCCAAUAUGUGAAGUGCUCUGCGGGCAGUUUGUCCAGCUACGCUUGCUGUGGAUCGACUUCUACACCUUUCGUCACUAUCGCGAACUUUUGGCCGAGUUGCCGAAGAUGAACUCGCUGGAAACGCUCGUACUGGAGAAUGUGGUUUAUUUGUGCAGCCUUAAAGCGUUGCCACCCUUGCCACAGCUAAAGCGGCUUAUUAUCUAUCGUUGUAGUAAGAAGGUGUACGAGCGCUUCCAUAACAAUGAUGCACUGCUGGCUAACCUAGUACGCGACAUUCAGUGGAUCGGAGUGGGUAUGAACACUUCGGACGAGCGCGGAAUUACGGACACAAUUGAACAUAAGUUGCCAGAGCACAAAUGUUACUAGCUAGAGCUGUUUUGGUGAAGAUGUUGUGAAAUAGGUCAUAAUAACGUGUAAUGAAAAAGUCGCAGAAUCCUAUUUGGAAAUUUAUGGUUUAAAAAUAUUAACGCUUUUAGUUAAAUAAGGCAAAAUUGGAAAAAACUAUGAAAUAUAUAAUUGGAAUGAACAAAGCGACGCUACAUUCGCUUAAUCGUUUCCAUACGCACCCGAAAACGCAUUCGUGCUGCCGUAGUCAUUGGGUGUGCCUUUGUUGGCGUUUGCGUCUUCAUCAUCUAGCUUCAAAGGGUCACAUUCAAAGGGUGGACGGUCAAAAAGGUCCUUUAGCGCUUGAUCGAACGGUACUUUGCGCAUUGCAGGGCCAGCAGAAUCUGAUGAACCGUUUCAAAUAGAAGCACAGACAAUCUGCUCAGUUAUUUCAAGUAAUAAAAACGACGACGUAAACCAAACAAACCUUUUUGACAGGUUUAUGUGUCAAACCAAACCGACGCCAGGAGCACCGGGAACAGUAUUCCACGAAUUGCGGUCAAUUCACUCGGGCAAAGAUUUCUCCACAGACUACACAACUAACCAAAAUCACUGUGUGAGCCUUGAAAAGCUGCGAUAUGGAUUCAUCUGCUUCUCAAUGCUUUUUCGAAUGGUUACCGCCAGAGAUUAUGUGCAUCAUCUUCGAUCAUCUUGACCAUCGAUCACGAAAAUCGGCAUCCCUCGCAUGUCGUCGUUGGGAGCAAAUCUACUCAAAUUAUUGCACCAAACGAUCCGCACUGUGCAAUUAUAAGAUCAUGCGUACCGGUUUGUUCAAGAUAGGACAAAAUAUAUGUAAAGACGCGACCAGUAUGUUAAAGCACACUCAACGGCCGUACCGCAAGGUGGAUCUUGAUUUGUGUUUUCAUGAUCAUUACUUUGGCCGGGUAGACGAUAGAGUUACCGAAGUGCUAAUUGAGUUGUUCAAGCCGCGCUGGUUGCAGCAGUUGGUCGUACUGAAGCUCGGAAUGCGUGUGUAUCCGGAGAAAUUUACCGUAGAGCUAUCGGAUGCGGUGGCAAAGAUGGACCAUCUGCAAGAGCUGGACCUUAGUUUGAUGAGAUGCACCAAAGAUUGGCCACUGUUCAGCCAGUUGAAAGUGAAGAACGCCACACUGGAUAAGUUGAAGGUCCAUGGCGUUUGGCCCGGUGUAAUUGAUUGUCCUAAUCUGCGGGCGCUGGAGUUAGAUUUUCCGUUGCAUAACGAAUACAAGCAAUAUUUACUGCAUCAAAAAGAAGAACCUUGCUGGAGUAUGAAGCAGCUACAAGAGCUCUGCAUUCGUGGUGGUCUCACGUUCCGUGAACAAGAGGUUGUAGACCUGUCUACGGGCAUGGAACAGUUUUGUAAGCCGAUGCCUCAAAUUAAAAGGUUAUACUUUGAUUACUUUAUUGUAUCGGAGAGGCUGCUGCGCAUUAUCUGCGAGUCGUUUGUCCACCUGGAAAGCCUGAUGCUUCACAUCUUGAAAAUGGAUGACUCGAACGCGUUGCGCCAUCUAGAGAAACUGCCCAAUCUGCGUGAGUUUGGUAUUUGGGACAUCGCUGGGAGCCACGCAAUGUCGUUUGCUUCCGUCUGUUUGCCCAAGCUUGAAAAGCUGUUACUAGGCUGGUUGAAGUACGACUACGAGAGGAUGCCUAAACUUCAUCCGAUGGGAAAGACUAGCUUCAGAUGGAGGUUGAUUAGGUCAUCACCAGUGAUUGACGAUAUUGAUAAAAGUUUGAAGCAUUUGCGGUUCUUAUGGGUUGAUUUACAUCUUAUUAAUGAUCAUCUCUUGACUAAAUUCUCCCAGAUCUCAACGCUGGAAACGCUUGUCCUAGAGAACGUUGACCAGAAGGAAAGUGUACUGGCUGUGCCAUUCUUGAAGCAGCUUAAGCGACUAGUAUUGUAUUGUUGUGAAGAUUUCGAUCCCUCUACGAUCAAGGGAGAUUUUGCAAAACGAGUGCCAAACGUAAAAUCAAUUAAAGUUAUUUUCAAAACUCCGUCGUAUGGCAAG